AUGAAGGCAUUCUAUUCAAUUGUUAUUUUAAGUGUUUUGUUUGCCGUUUGUAUGGCCAAAUUAACUCCGGAACAGCGGCGUGAACUUGAGGCCAAACUUCUUAGCGAAUGCAAGGGACCAAGCGGUGCCACUGACGAUGAUGUCAAAGGUUUGCGCGAGCAUGAAGUUCCAAAAACUACCACCGGAAAAUGUUUGCUGUCUUGCACACAGGAAAAAUUGGGCAUCCUUGUCGAUGGAAAGCUGUCAAUUGAUGGCUUGAAAGCACUUGGAGCAAAGAAGCACGAAGGCAACGACAAAGCAAUUGCAACUUUCAACGAAAUUGUAGCUGAAUGUGAAAACAUUUCCGAUUCCGAUGCCUGUGAACUCGGUGCCAAGUUGAUGGAGUGCAUGCUCAAUGGUGCUGUGAAACGCGGCAUCGACCCAAAGGAAGGAAUCCAAGACUAA